AUGACCCAUAAUAAUAAUAUUAAUAUAGACAUAACAGACAAGACCAUUGUCAAUCUAGUGCAGCAGCAUUUGGUACAUGAUUCCAGUACUAUAAGCAGCGACGAUUCGUCUAAUCACAACAGUAGCUCUCAUGCUGAUAGCACCACUGUUGCUACUGCUACUGCUGAGGAUUCCAAUAACAAUACCUCUCCACCCAUUGAUGCCGAGGUGCCUGUGCCCUACCACUUACCAGGAGCUGCAAUUACACACGAUAUCUACACGCAUGCUAAUAGCAUUGUAAUGGCAGCGCAUUCCUUACCUCGUUCUAAAUCAUUCAGUGAUUUGAAACAGAAAGCUGGUAGACUUAUCCACGACGAUGAGGCGGGCAGUACAAAUACAAGUGUCCAUGGAGGUGGCAGCGAACAUGAUUCCUCCGAAGAAUUUGAGAACCUUGAUAAACCAGGUGGAUUUCGUCGAUUCCACAUCCACCAACAGCAUAAACUAGCAGUUCAACCCAACGAUCAAGAUAUCAGCAACAAUCCUGCAUUUCAAGAGCUCUUCCGCCCUGAUUCUAUGUGCUCAGCAGAAUCACGUCAAGAUUAUACCACAGGUUUAUACCAAAUCGAUACGGCAGGUACAUCACAACAUCCACCACAGCCCGUGACCCGUCAUUUCUUGGAAUACUUGGCAAUCACAUCAGUCAUUAAUCAGUUUGCUGGUGAAGAUUUGUCUGAUUCAGAAGAAGAUGACUCUCAACUGGUGGUCCACGAUGAAGAGCAACAGUUUUCGGAACAAACGGCGUUGCUACCCAACAAGAGAAAGCGACGUCAUUCUACUAAACACCAAAAGAAAUCUGAACACAAGGCUAACAUUACAAAAACUGUAUUCCUGCUGUUCAAGGCUUUCAUAGGCAGCGGUAUUCUGUUCUUGCCCAAGGCCUUCUCCAAUGGCGGUCUUGUGUUUUCAAUCUUCACCAUGUGGCUGAUGGGCGGUAUCUCGCUUUAUUGCUUCCUGCUGUUGUUGGAUUGCAAACAACAUCUGACGGGUAGUUAUGGUGAUAUGGGUGGCCAGCUGUACGGCUCUUGGAUGAGAUCCAUUGUGUUGUUCUCGAUUGCUAUCUCACAGAUGGGAUUCAUGUGCGGUGGCACCAUCUUCAUUGUGCAAAAUGUCACUGAAGCAGUGCGAGCUCUUAGUGGCGAUACAAUCCACCUGAAUGCUGCUGCUGUGUUUGUGAUGCUGGCCAUCCUGUUGAUGCCCUUGGUGUUGAUUCGAAACAUAGCUAAAUUAUCACCCACCGCGCUUUUAUCUGACGUUUUGAUCGUUGGAGGUUUGAUUUGCUUGCUGGUAUUUGAUUUUAUCGAAAUUUUCGAGCAUGGCAUCACAUCACCUAAAUCAGGUCCUGGCAUCCAUUGGCUGUUCAAUUCAGCCAAUUAUUCCGUAUUCAUUGGCACAGCUGUCUAUUCAUUCGAAGGCAUUGGCCUCAUCAUCCCAAUCCGUGAUUCUAUGGAAAAACCCGAGAAAUUUCCUGCAGUCCUCACAUUUGUAAUGGUGCUCGUUGCCUCCACACUGUGUUCAGUGGGUACGCUAGGCUAUCUUGCCUUUGGUGAAAACGUCAAGACGGUCGCAUUGUUGAAUUUACCGGCUGGAAUUCUCCCUAAUUCAGUACAAUUAGGCUACGCCGUGGCUGUGCUCUUGUCCAACGCAUUGACGCUGUUUCCCACUAUCCGUAUUAUUGAACAGGCAUUGUUUGGCGAUCGCACAGGUAAACACAAUUUGUAUAUCAAAUGGCAAAAGAACACACUGCGUGCUUCCAUUGUUAUUUCGGGUACUCUAAUUGCUUGGGCUGGCGCCAAUGAUUUGGACAAGUUUAUCAGUUUGAUUGGAUCUGUCUGUUGCUGCCCCUUGAGUUUGAUUUUCCCUCCAUUGUUCCAUUUGGCGUUACCUACUACGAGAGGAUCAAAGCGUGUGAUUGAUAUGGUCCUGAUAGGAUUUGGUGCUGUGGUCAUGUUGUUUACAUUUUAUAAUACAUCGAAACAGUGGGCAACCUCUGGUUAA